CAAGCUGUCUAAUCCAUAUGUCAUAAAAUGUCAUUCAAUACUGCUGUCAUAUCACGUCAAUCUCUUGUAUAAGAGAAAAGAAACAAAACAAGGAAAUGGACAUGUUAACCUCCAAAGUCCAUGCUUGAUUUACAAUAAAUGUGAAGAAAAAAUAAACAUGGUGAAAAAUAUAAGUGCAGAAAAAUUGAAAACUGUUAAUUCAGUGCCAAAAAUAUUAAAAAAACAUAAACAUAAGAAGAAGACAAAAAUAUCAAUAUCUGAAUUGGGCAAUGUCGAGAAGGAAAGUCAGGAAAUGUCUGUAGAGAAGACUAAACAGCAUGCCGCUGUGCAAAAAACGGCUGUGUCCAAGACGAUGCUCGAAGGUAUGAGUGAAGAGGAAAUAGGAAACAAGUAUCCAAUACUGACUGAUAUGGAACUUGUUCAAAGGUUUCUUAGUGUACCAAUGAAUAAUAAUCAGAAAGGCAGAGUUCGUCAAGUUUUAAGGGACAAAUUGAAAGACACAUCAGACUCUUUAUUACCUGAUGUAAUCUACGACAAAAUACAGCUCAUACUCAAAAGUUCCGAGAACUUGACCGACACUGAUUUGAGAAAAAUUAGAAUAUUGUACAAUAUGCUUAAAACUGCAGUACAAAAUCAUAAGAAAGAGGAAAAAGUUAAAAAAGUUGACAAAGUUAUAGUUGAAAAGAAACUGUUGAAGGAUGAGAAAGACAGUGAAAAGUUGGACACGAGCAAAGAGAAAAAGCAACAGUUGGUGAAGAAAGUUAAAGGAAAGAAAAGAUAUGUCGUGUUCUUAGGCAAUUUACCAUUGGAUAUCGACAAGGAAAAGAUAAUGAAACAUUUCUCCGAAGUGAGUGAUCAUAUUGUAGACGUCCGUAUCCCGAAACUUGCCGAAGGAAAGAAAAGCGCCAUUGCUUACGUUGAAUUAAAGAAUGAACCCACUUAUGAGUUGGCGUUAUCAAAACAUCACUCAAUGCUGGGCACCAAGAGGAUCAACGUACUGUAUACCGCGCAGAAGAACGGGAAAAUCACUAAGGCCGAAGCCAAGAGCAAGUCUGCUAAGUUAUUGGCGCUACAGAAGUCAGGAAAAUUGAUUGGCAGUAUGCCUCUAAACAGGAAACGAAGCCAUCGACGUACGAAGAUGAAGCAGGCGAGAGCAAAGGAAAUGCAGAAUCAAUGAUGAAAUUUUUAAUAAAAAGUAUUUUACAAUA